ACUCUUUGAAAAAAGGGGUACAUACACAUAUGCAUGUGUGUAUAUAUGCACAUACAAACACACCACAUGUGAGUUUAAGAGAGCAAAACUUAACCCUUGUUUGAAAAGGAAAUGGAAAUGAAGGGCUUUUUGAAGUUUGUACUUGUAUUGGUGAUGGGUAUGGUAUUGGUGAGCGUGUGUAGCGGUGAUGUAGAUUCAUUUAGGGACUGCUAUGCUAAAUGCUUCAUUUUUUGCAUGAUUGAACCCAACCAAACUCUAUGCACUUGCACCACUCAAUGCCUCAAAGAAUGCAUCUUUCCAUCUCUUCCUGGAACCAUGGCGGCUAUUGAUCAUCCGCAUACACAAAACCUUGGUUAUUGCAAGCUUGGUUGUGCCACUUCUCUAUGUUCUAACAUCAGCAAAGCACACGAUCCUGAUGGAAAGAAUGUGGAGAGCUGUGUUGGGUCAUGUACAAACAAGUGCACCAUGAGUUACACAUCUUCAUCACCUUAGCUGUCAAAAAGUACACAACACUUGUUACAAUUGAUUUCUUGUUUCGGAUUGAAAUGUAUUGUUAUAAAUUGUUGUAUUUUUAUGUGUCACAUAUCGUUGUAUAAGUCAUUGUCGUCAUGUUGUUUUGAAUCCGGAGAUGCAAAUUUAAGAGUUUUGAAACGUGUUGUCUUGAUCA